AUGCCGUUAUUUAGCAGCGCCGGGUCGUUUGAUCCCGAUGUGGAAAAAGCUACCAAUGAAAUGCGAACCACAGAAGAUUGGGGACUAAUAAUGGAUAUCUGUGACAAAGUUGGACGAACUCCAAAUGGUCCCAAAGAUUGUCUACGAGCUAUUGUGAAACGCUUGAACCAUAAAGUUCCUUUUGUAACAAUGCAAGCUCUAACACUUCUUGAUGCAUGUGUGAAUAACUGUGGUCGUCCAUUCCACUUGGAAAUUUGUUCUCGUGAUUUUGUAUCUGAAUGCCGAACUUUAAUUGGACAAAAGGCUCACCCAAAAGUAGCACAAAGACUGAAAUUAUUGAUAAAAAGAUGGGCUGAAAUGCCAGAAUUUAAAGAUGAACCCUCUCUCAAUUUAAUUCCUUCUUUGUACGAAAGCUUGAAAAAAGAAGGACAUGAUUUCUCAGAUCCAGAUAGUAUGCCAAAGAAAUCUACAACAUUGAUUUCCAAUCCUGAUGCUGUACAGACACAACAAGAAGAAGAUGACAUAGCUAAAGCAAUUGCCCUUUCAUUACAAGAGGCUGAAAAAUCCAAAUCUGGUGGUACAUUGUAUCCAUCUGCUUUCAAUAGCACAAAUAGCAGCUCAUUGCCAAAAAGCAAAGAGUACAGAAAAGUGAGAGCACUCUAUGACUUUGAAGCAGCAGAAGAUAAUGAACUUAACUUUAAAGCAGGGGAAAUCAUUAGUGUACAGGAUGACUCAGAUCCUAAUUGGUGGAAAGGUUUCAGUCACCGAGGGGAAGGUCUAUUUCCUGCCAAUUUUGUGACUGCAGAUUUGACAGCAGAACCUGAGGACACUAAAGAAAAAAAAGGAGUUCAGUUCAAUGAGGAGGUGGAUGUGAAAGUUAUGGAGACAUUGACUGAUGAAGUGGAGAUUGAUGAGGCUAAAAUUGACCAAGUACUCACAAUGAUACAGAAUGCAGAUCCAACAGGAGAAAGCCAGCCUGAUCCAGCUGAGCUGCUGCCUCUUGAAGAACAAUGUAAAAUAAUGGGACCACUCAUAGAUGCUGAAUUGGAAAGAAUUGACAAAAAGCAUGCCAGUUUAGUAGAAUUAAACUUAAAAGUGAUGGAUGCCUUACAAAUGUACCACAACCUGAUGAAAGAAAAUCCAGGAUUCUACAUGCCCCACCAAUCAGGCCCACACCAGAUACCACCCCAACAAACACCAGCAACUUAUAUUCCAUCUGGACACCCACCACAACAGUAUGCCAGUCAACCUCAGUACAUAAACCCUGGUCAAGGUCCUCCGCCCCCUCCUCCAGCUGCUGCUACUGCAGUGAGUGGUCCUUCACAUGGAAUGCAUAGCAACAAUGCACCAGGACCCCAGGGACCAAUGCCUGCAGGUAUGAUGGCACAGCAACAAGCUCCUGCUCAGGGUAUAAAUGGUAAUUCCAUUGUGGCAUCUGCAGGGCAACAACCCUACAAUGGUGUUACUGCUGCACCGCCAAAUGGUGUAUCUAUGACUAACUAUGGCCCACCCUCUUCAAGCUACAAUCCCCCCUCAAUGAACAACAUGCCCCUGCCCAGCAUGGAUGCUGGCUAUGGACUUCCACCUUCUUCUGGGGCUGGAGUGGUAGCCCCUGCAGCAGGCGUUGUUUACCAACAAGCCCCACCUCCUCAGCCACUCUUGUGA